GACGAGUGCCGAGAAGUUCUGGGCAAAGUCCUGGGAACUGGCGGUGAGAUCACAGCGCCUGCCAGCCCGCUGGGCAAAGGGAGCCCAGCGCAAGGCAGUCGGUGCGCAGCUGGGGCUCCGGCCUCUCUGUUCGCCCGCCCGCAGUGGCCAUCCCCGCCUCAUUCUCCUGCAGCUGGUGUGGGACCUGUCAGCUGCGCAUUGCGGGGGCCCGGAGGAGCCGCGUGUGUCUCCGCCCGGGUCUGUGGACGAGCCUCGGAGCCCCGCGCUGGAGAACUAGGCGGCGUCCCCGGCGGCAGAGCGCACCGCACCGGACGUUGAAAGUUGGCUGCAAAGUCACCUCCUUCUGGUUGCCGAGACUUCAGAUCUUUUUCCAUUUGCCUACUUCUUGAGUCCUAUGAGGAUCAAGUUCAAAACGAAUUAAUGCCAAGUUCAGAAGAGGGGACUUCCUCUGAGUCAUCCAAAAUGCUUUCAAAACACAUUGGAUAAGUGCUGAGCCACCUGCCUGUUUGGGACUUCCGUACACUCUGCUCCACUGUCUUCUGAUGGCAUUUUGACUGUAUCGAGGCCACGUGACCCGCUGUUCAUGAUGAGUGAUGAGAAGAACCUUGGGGUGUCCCCAAAACUGGUCUCCCCUUCAAGGAGCCCCAGUAGCUGCUCCUCCAAGCAGGGAAGUCGGCAGGACAGCUGGGAAGUGGUGGAAGGACUGAGGGGAGAGAUGAACUACGUCCAGGAGCCACCGGUUCAGAAAGGCUUUUUGCUGAAAAAGCGGAAAUGGCCCUUGAAAGGCUGGCACAAGAGAUUCUUCUAUCUGGACAAAGGAAUCUUGAAAUAUGCCAAGAGCCAAACUGAUAUAGAGAGAGAGAAGCUGCAUGGCUGCAUUGAUGUUGGCCUCUCGGUGAUGUCUGUAAAGAAGUCAUCAAAAUGCAUAGAUCUGGACACCGAGGAGCACAUCUAUCAUCUGAAGGCCAAGGCAGAAGACCUCUUCGAUGAGUGGGUGUCCAAACUCCGCCACCAUCGAAUGUACCGUCAGAAUGAGAUCGCCAUGUUUCCGCACGAAGUGAAUCACUUCUUCCCGGGAUCCACCGUCACAGACUCUCCCUCCGGGGUCUUGGACUCCAUUUCAAGUCGGAAGCGUGGCAGUAUACCAAAGCAGAAUUCCUUUCAAACUGGAAGCAAUUUAUCCUUUUCUUGUGGUGACACGAGAGUCCCAUUAUGGUUACAGUCUUCGGAGGACAUGGAGCAAUGCUCGAAAGACCUGGCACACUGCCACUCCUACCUGGUGGAAAUGAGCCAGCUCCUCCAGAGCAUGGACGUCCUGCAUCGCACAUACUCGGCGCCAGCUAUCAACGCCAUCCAGGGUGGAGCUUUUGAAAGUCCCAAAAAGGAGAAAAGAUCACACAGGAGGUGGCGGUCCAGAGCUAUUGGCAAAGAUGCUAAAGGAACACUACAGGUCCCUAAACCUUUAGAGGGCCCACAAAGACUGCAUUCUUCAAAUCCUAAUUUGUCAACACUAGAUUUUGGAGAAGAGAAAAAUUAUUCUGAUGGCUCUGAAACCUCAUCUGAAUUUUCUAAAAUGCAAGAAGAUCUGUGUCACAUUGCCCAUAAAGUUUACUUCACUUUAAGGUCGGCUUUUAACACCAUAUCCACGGAGAGGGAGAAGCUGAAGCAGCUGAUGGAGCAAGAUGCCUCGUCCCCCUCUGCCCAGGUCGUUGGUCUGAAGCGUGCCCUCUCCUCCGCCUUAGCACAAAACACAGACCUUAAAGAACGCUUAUGCAGAAUCCAUGCUGAGUCCCUGCUCCUCGACCCCCCUACUGCUGCCAAGUCGGUGGACAGUCUGGCAGAGGAAAACUCCACAGAUGACAACCGACCGCUGGUCCACCAGCUGUCCAAUGAGAGUCGGCUCUCCAUCACUGACUCCCUUUCCGAGUUUUUUGAUGCGCAGGAAGUUCUGUUAUCUCCAAGCUCUUCCGAAAAUGAGGUUUCUGAGGAUGAUUCCUAUGUUAGCGACAUAAGUGACAACCUUUCCUUGGACAAUCUCAGUAAUGACUUAGAUAAUGAGAGACAGACCUUGGGGCCAGUUCUGGAAAGUGGUGGGGAAGCCAAGUCCAAAAGAAGGACUUGCUUGCCGGCGCCCUGCCCCAACAGCAGCAACAUCAGCCUGUGGAACAUCCUGAGAAAUAACAUAGGGAAGGACCUGUCCAAAGUGGCCAUGCCGGUGGAGCUGAACGAGCCCCUGAACACGCUGCAGCGGCUCUGCGAGGAGCUGGAGUACAGUGAGCUUCUGGACAAGGCCGCGCAGAUCCCCAGUGCCCUGGAGAGGAUGGUGUACGUGGCAGCCUUUGCUGUGUCUGCAUACGCAUCCAGCUACUUCCGAGCGGGGAGCAAGCCCUUCAACCCUGUUCUCGGAGAAACAUACGAGUGUAUUCGUGAGGACAAGGGCUUCCAGUAUUUUUCAGAACAGGUCAGCCACCAUCCACCUGUCUCUGCCUGUCACGCGGAGUCUGGAAAUUUUGUUUUCUGGCAAGAUGUGAGAUGGAAAAACAAAUUCUGGGGCAAAUCCAUGGAAAUUGUCCCCAUUGGCACAACCCAUGUGACGCUGCCAGCUCUUGGGGAUCAUUUUGAGUGGAACAAAGUCACCUCUUGCAUCCAUAACAUCUUAAGUGGGCAGAGAUGGAUUGAGCACUAUGGAGAGAUUGUCAUCAAGAACCUGAACGACGACUCCUGCCACUGCAAAGUGAAUUUCAUAAAGGCAAAGUACUGGAGCACUAACGCCCGGGAGAUCGAAGGCACCGUGUUUGACAAGAGCGGGAAAGCGGUGCACCGGCUCUUUGGGAAAUGGCACGAAAGCAUCUACUGCGGUGGCGCGUCCUCCUCCACGUGCGUCUGGAGAGCGAAUCCCAUGCCGAAAAGCUAUGAACAAUAUUACGGCUUCACCCAGUUUGCACUAGAAUUGAAUGAAAUGGAUCCGUUGUUGAAGACUGUAUUACCUCCUACUGACACUCGAUUUAGGCCAGACCAAAGGUUUCUAGAAGAAGGGAACAUAGAAGAAGCUGAAAUACAAAAACAGAGGAUUGAACAGAUGCAGAGAGACAGGCGGCGGGUCUUAGAGGAAAAUAACAUGGAACACCAGCCUCGGUUUUUCAGGAAAUCCAGUGACGAUUCUUGGGUGAGCAAUGGCACCUAUUUGGAAAUGAGGAAAGAUCUUGGUUUCUCCAAACUGGACCAUCCUGUCUUGUGGUGAAAAGGGGAAGAAGAGCGAUCCGUUCUAGUACUUCUCCUGCGUGGGCUUUCCAAAGCCACACACCUGUGUCUGUAUACUUAGGAACUAUUAUCUAGAAUGAUCACUGUGCUUAGCUUAGUCUUGUAAGUACUCAAGUAUAUAUUUUCUUCAGUAGAGUUCUUUACAAUUUCAAAUGUUAUCAUGAUUGUUUAUAUGAAUGUAGAACACCUUGAUAUUUCUUUUUUUAUAUAUAUAAAGUAUUUAAUAAAAAUGAAAGAUUGAAUGUUAGUGUGUGGGUUGCAAAAGAAGCUUUAACACUAAUUUUCCAAAGGUUAGGAAAAUUCAAAUUAAAUUUAUGCCUUAUGAAGUGAUGUCGGAGAAAGAACAAUGCAUGCCUCCCAGACGCUAAGGAAGAAGAGUGGCCGGGCUUACUCACCCCCGGGAAGCUGCCCAAGUUGAAUUUGGUGACUCAAUCUCUCUCUGCCUCAGACAGCUCUUGACUUGCUCCUCCCGAGCAAUCCUGCUGGUGCUGGAGUCCAAAGAAUAUUUGCAUUUGCAUUUUGGUGGUUGAGAGGAGGGUAUACGUUUAGUGAAAUGUGUGUUUUUAUAGAAGAUGCUUCUUGAAGAAGCAUUUGAGCUCAUCCCUGCCUAGACUUUUAAUGCCUUCUAUGCAGAAUUAUCCUGUAACUCAGAGAAGUUGUUGUUAACCCGAGAAAUCCCCACUAAUUAAAUGUCAGAAUGAAAUCCCAGAGAGGCUGUCGGAAAUCUCUCCGUAGUGGGAGCUGAAUCCUUGAUGAGUUAAGAAACUAUUUUCUGCUUCCUCCUCCCCUGGCUUCCUGCCCUGUGUGACCACAUCUCUGUGGAGUGUGGAGUGGCCCGGGUUAGUGUCCAACGUCCCGCACAUUCCACACCGCAGCCUGACUUGGUAACAGGUUAGCAGGAUAAUUGAUUGUUUUAAAAUGCUGUUUGGGUAUUUUCUACCUCUUAAUGAGCGCCGAGUUCCUGAUCUCCUGUAAAGAGUUGGGCCAUCUGCCUUACAAACGCACAGAACGGAUGCUCUGGGCCGCGCCGCUUGGCCCUGCGCCCUCGCUCCUCGCCCCGCCGUGCCCCUCUGUGGCGAGUUUGGCAGCAGCCUUGAAAAUGCAGAUCAUAACUACCGGAAGGGGAGACUUUGUCUCUGUAAAUGAGUCCUUUCAAAUGACAAAGAAUAGAAUUCAUGCAGGAGUUCAAUUGUAUGAUCAAAGCAAUUCCAACUUCUGCCCAGAUUACAGUAAAACCAAAGCCUAAUUUUAAAGCCUUUUACGCUAAUGUCUAUAAUAAUUCUAUGGAGUAUGAAGUAAAGUGGCGUAGUAAGAAAGACUUCUCCCGAAAACAUUUUUUUUUUUAGCGAUUUAAGUCACUUCAAAGCAUGUCGCGUAUGAUGAAUAAAAAGUAGAAUAAACCACAGAAAAGAGAACGCAUGAUUUUUUAAGUGUCACACCAAAUAACCAGUUGGACAGUGUUACAUUUUCAAAAUGGAGAGCAAUCUGCAAGGGGCUAGCAUUUUAGAAACAAUAAACGACUCAUUAAAUUGCAUCCAUCCCUUCCAUCUCAUCGAGAUGUCGAGAUGAGCGCGCGUGGACAGCAUUUCCAUCUCUGAGCAGUGCAGUGACCCGGUCAGAGUCGUUGGUGUGUGCUUUGUUCUGUUCUUCUCAAGCGUGGAUCCAAAUGCUGCUCCCAGAUGGGAAGGACCCGGCUGUAGACUUCAGGGUACUCAGGGGGAAAACAAAUCUGGUUUUCACGGUGUGAAGGUAAAUGUAGGAUUUUAGUAAUGUUGACUAUUAAAGAGGCUUGUUCCAGAAGCUGGUUAAAAAAAACAAAAGCAAAGUGUGCACCCUGAACAGAUGUAGCUGUGUCCUGCAGGGUUUGGAAAUUCUUGGUCUCAAUGCUGUUACUUCAAUAGAUAUUAUGUUUUAUUUUGGAAUGACAAGGAUAAAUGGACCAAAUCUCUUUGUAGUCAUCUUAUUUGAGGUGGGGUGGGGGGGUAAAAUAUGAUACAGAACUGCAUGCAGAUUUUUAAAUCCACUAGUCAGUACCAACAUCUCUAACGGGCUUUGCUGACAGGUGAACAGCUUGGGGUGUAGCUGAUGUCAUCUUAAAACUGCCUUGAGGGGAAGUGGCUUCUUUUUUCCCUUCAGUCCCUCUUCUCAAAAGCACUUUCCCACCUCAUCCGUAGCUCGGUGGCAUUGCAUGUUUUGAAGAUAAAAGAGAAACAUGGCAUUGUUUGGGCAGAAUUGAGGUAAAAAUCUAGUUUUCUGGACUUUGAAUCUCCUGAUUAAAUAAUGCCAAUCUCUGUACCAUCUGAGACACUUGUCCUAUAACCUGCAUUUUAUUCCUGAUGGCUCCAUCCCCACUCCAUGGUGAAGUGCACAGAUAUUCUCGGAAGUGGGGCUUCGUGGUCCACCACUUGGCACGUCACUGGUCUGCGGCUGCCACUGACCCCCUGAGCGGGUGGGCGCCACUCAGACCCAGCUGGGGAGGAGCCUGCAGUGCAGCCCCCAGCUGCCCGCUGUCGGCCCCAGGCCCCAGAGCCGGGGAGGGUAUUUCCCGGGGUCAAACGAAUUAACGAACCCUCAGUGCGGUUAGUUCACUCCCCGGAGCCAGGCUGGCUCUGGUACUAAUUAAAGAGUCACCUCAGGACAGCAGUCCAGUUAGCAAGCCCCCAGAAUGCCCUCCUGAGGGACUCUCCGGGAGAGAAAUGCACACACCGAUGCUUCAACUGUUUUCUUCAUUUAGGCUGCUGCCUCUCUCGUUCUUUAAUUACCUCCCAUAGGUCACGAGCUUGGGCUUGGAGCCCUGUCCUUCACCUGUAUUUUCCAGAUUUGUGAUGAGCGGUCUUGUUCUACUAUUAGCAAUGUCCACCGUAAAAGAAAAAUAAUAAACUACAAAGUUUUUGUUUGGCUGUUGAACUUUGUCAUAGGUCACCUGCACAUUCUGAAAUGACAUAUGCCUUCCGGCUGUCACAGGAUUUCCUCAGACCUUCAAGUUAUGCGCAGGAGCAAUAAGAAGUUGUUCUGAUCUUGGGAGUAAUAGUUCCAAUGUAUUGGUAUACUUUAUUUGAAUGUCUUUAAUUUUGAUAUUAACACUGGCAUAAGUCUAUUUUUGCUACCAGAUGAUAGCUAUUUUCACGCACUGUUUUCCUCUGCAUUGCAUUAAUCUGUUACUCAGCGUUACUCUUUAUUUUUCUGCAUUGAAAAAUAUGUAUCACAUAAGUACCUGCAAAUCCUGACAGUCUGAAAUGCAAGCCAUUUUUGCAGACUUCAGUUUUGGGGACUCCAGUGAGCAGAAGUUGCUAAUGUGUUGUAUUCCUGACGAUGCGUGAUCUCCAUCUGUCACCCUCAGAGGGAUCUAUUUUUUCAAUGGAUAUUUGUAAAUCUUCUAUCUAACCAUUUAUAAGAUUAUGUUCUGUUUAAAUCCCACCCUUCCACUCCUCCCCUUUAUGCCUCCCCUGAAACUCCAAUGAAUUUGUUUAUCGCCCU